UCACGAACGGAGCUGCACGGGCGACUACCUGUGCUAACUCCUCGCAAGACUCACGAGGAGGCUCGCUACUCCGCCAUAAAAGCGCGCACGGCCAUCAGAAGGAUUCGCAGUGCUGGGUCGCUUUGGGUUUUGCUGACAAACACCGGCAUCCCCGGACGUUGGCAGCAUGGCUUUAGCCACGACGAACUAUGGUCAGGGCGUGUACAACUCGUCCGUUGACAUGCAGAACCUCGGCAACCUGAUGCACGUCGCGGAGGUGCAGUAUCAGAGGCAACUGAAGACCCUGCAGGCGCUUCAAAAGCAGGCGGAACUGACCGCGGAGGAGAACGCGGCAUGGCGGCACCGCGAACAACGGCGCAUGGAGAAGUAUGCGGCCAUCGACUAUGAGCGGCAGCAACAGGCGGAGCACCGGGCUGAGCUGGCUACCCAGGUUGCCGAGAACCGGGCUGCCCGCAUGGAGGCGGCUGCGCAGCACGAGGAGGCGAUGCGGGCGGCAGCGGCCGCCAAGGUGCAGGCGGUGGAGGACCGACUGGCUCGCUUCGCGUCGGAGCGCGCCGAGCACGCGGCGCAUGAGCGGCAGCGCAUUGCGGCGCUGGAGGCGAAGCGCGAGGCCACCUACCGUGCCAACCUGGAGAUGCUGGAGGGCCGGCGUCAGGCCAUGCUGGCGCGGGAGCGGAAGAUGGAGGACAUUCUAAGGCAGCGGGAGGAGCUGCGUCAGCUGCAGCUGCAGAUCAAGGCGGAGGAGGACUAUCUACGCGACCACCAGCGCCGCACCAUCAAGGCCAAGGCGGAGAGGGACCUGGAGGGCCGCCUCGCCACCUUUGCGGCGCGCAACACCGCCAAGGACGAGUACGCCGCCCGCCGCAAGCAGGAGCUGGAGCACCUGCGUAAGAUUCGCGCGGACGAGCUUCGCCAGCGCUUCGACUACAUCGCUGCACAGGCCAAUGAGGCUGCGGCUGUGGCGCACGCGGAGCGCCAGGCCCUGGCCAUGCGGCUGGACGACAAGGCGGCGCGCGGGGAGGCGCUGGCGGGCCAGCGGCAGCUGCUGCUGAACGAGAUGGCGGCCCUGCGCCAGGCCAUGCAGCGGCAGGAGGAGGUGCUGCGGGCCAGCCUGCUGCGCAUGCGGCAGAAGGGCAGCGUGGCUCUGCCGGAGGAGGUCGUGCGCAGCCUGGAGGCGUUCCAGACUGGCGGCCCCGUGAAGGCCACCACGCUGCUGGGUGGCCCGCGCGGCUCGCCCGGUCGCCUGCCGGGCGCGGCGCCACGUCUUGCGCUGCCAGCCGUGCCCGCGGAGGAAGCCCUGGCUGCCGGUGCCUUUGCCGGCACCACCAUCCGCCGGCCACGCUCCGCGGCCGUCACGCCCCGCACGCCGGCGGGCGCCGGCGGCUACGGCCGCGGCGGCGCAGCCGCUACUGGCCGGCCCGGCUCCACCGGUCCCGGCCAGGGCCAAGUGGUGGGCGAGCGGUCUUACCUGACAGCCAUGCUGAGCCCCCGCGUGGGCCAGCCCGGCAAGGCCCGUCGCAUGGCGGCGGCGCAACGGCCCCUGAGCGCCAGUGCGGACUUCCGCCGCAGCGCCGACGCCCGGCCGCUCACCUCGCCCGCCACGCCCACGCGGCCCGGCGCGGGCGCUGCGCCCACGCCCUACGCGCCCUACACGCUGCCGCAGGCGCGCAGCCGCGGCCGGCAGCCGACGGUUGAGGAGCAGGUGGCGGAGAUGACUAAAACGUCGGACGCGGCGGCGGAGGCAGCGGCCAGCAGGCGCUACAGCGGCGUGCACGAAGUGGCGCGGCCCGGCAGCCGACGUGAGGAGGAGCUGCGAGCGGUGCUGCAGGAGGAGAUUGCCAAGGAGGGCGAGCGGCAGGCCAUGCUGGCCAAGGUCGCGGACGACACCGAGCGCGCCCGCCUGGUCAAGUACUUCACUCUGGAGCGGGAGGAGGCCAAGCGCCGCAUCCUGGCACUCAGCAAUGCAGCGCAGGCGGCCCUGUACCAUUGAGCGCUUGGCGUGCGGUAGUGUUCCGAAGUUUGAAAGCCGACACGCCGUGUGGGCGCCGCGUUGGACGCGGACAUAAAAGAAAAGUAGGAGAAUGGAACCGUUCGGAAUAGGAGAAAGGGCCGGCAGUAGUACGGUAGUCCCGAGUUGAUUCACUUGGGCUAGUAGCGGUGGUGCAUAGCAACGUUGACGCGACACGAACCACACCUGUGACACUCCUCAAACGACGUUUUGGACUUGACACCUUCACGAGAUUGACUGACCGCAUAAACAGAGCGCGAUGAUUGGCGUGCUUACGGGCUGCCUGUUAUGCUUAGAUGCUACCGUAGCAGGAUUAUGGCAGAUUGGGAACAGAGCGCAGCAGAGCGUAACCCUUUGGAAGAUGGACCGUUGCACUGGUGCCAGGGAACAGAGCGCAGCAGAGCGUAACCCUUUGGAAGAUGGACCGUUGCACUGGUGCCUGGCACGGUGCUUGGUGGGUUUAUACGUUGCAAAAGUGUUGUGCUGCUGUGCAAAUAUAACGUCUUAAUGACAGUUCUGAGGCGAGGCAUGAGGCAAUGACAGUGCAAUGUAAUGUAGCCAGACGCUCUGUCAGUCGGCGUGGGAUGGUGUGUGGCACUGUGGUGCC